AUGGAUGAUGGCAGCGACGAUGAUGUGGCCGUCAAGGCGGCAGAAGCCUUGGGCUCCCUUGCCUCUUUUAUGGAAGUGGCCGUGGACCCUCGCCGGCCCGAUGCCAGCUCAGCGGAUCCCCUGGAGCCCGGGGAGAAGGUCAAGCAGUCCGGUGAGACCCGGGCGGUGUCCAAAGCAUCUGUUAGGGACCUGCGAACCAAGCUCGAGCAGAAGAAAGGGCGAUCUGCCUCGGCCGAGCCAACGCCGGUCCUGUCUGCCUCGGAUGAGCUGAAGGCCAAGCUUCAGGCGGCAAAGGAGCGGAUGGCCAGGGAGAAGGAAGCUGGCAAGCGACCACUCUUGUCUCAGAUCCUGUCCCCUGAGCCGAAAGCGCCGGCGGCACCAAGCUCGCCCCUAACACCCACCGGCAAGAAGAGCAAGAAGGACAAAAAGAAGGACAAAGACAAGGAUAAGGAUCGGAAAAAAGAUAAAAAAGAAGAAGCAGUGCCUAUCCGCCAGACCAAGGGCAGACCGAUGCCGAAACAGCAGGCACUGCCUUUGGUCUGCAAGGAAAAAGAGCCUGAGCAGAAGCCGGAAGAAGCCAUGAGUGCCAGCGAGCUGGAGCGAAAGAUUGCACUCGAGAAGGCCAAAGCUCGGCGCUUGGAAGAGCUCAGAGAGCGUGAAGCACAGAAGGUCCAGCAGGUGCACUCGAAAGCUGCUGCGCGGAAGAAGAAGGAGGUCGAGGACUCCGUGCGAGAUUUGGCCCGCAAGCUCUCGCAGGAUAUCCUUGAAAUCUCCGAAACCAUCAAUGUUGAAAAUAUCAAGCAAGAGGUGAAGCGCGAGGGACGGGCUGCAGGCCACUUCGGCAACCCCUUGGCUCUUGCGCAGAUGAAGGCGGAGGUGAAGCAAGAAGUGAAGCAGGAGACUCGCGGGCUCGGUGUGGAAGGCGUUAAGGGCGAGAUGAAGUCAGAGCCAGGUGCUGUCAAGCGGGAGGGUGGCCAAAGCUCGAACCCGAUGUCGCACGAGCAGUUCUUGACCAUCAUGUCUCAGCUGAAGCAGAUGCCUACACCGGAGUCCAUGGCCCUCAGCUCGGGGCAGCCCUCCAGCAGCGAGGACCACGGCAAUGCGGCCGAGGAGGAGGCGCAGAACAAUCAACCCAGUGUUUGCACGAUCGGUUGGGAACCCAACGUGGAUCCGUCUGUGAUGCUCAAGAUGCUGGAGAGCUAUCGUGUCGGAUCCAUCGUUGAUGCGCGGCCACCGGAAUACAACACUGAUGGUUUCGCCCAGGCCUGCGCAGCUCAUGGCUGGACCUACGACCGCCAACCAGUGCUGGCGAUCCAUCCUUACGACCUCGGGCCGAUGCAGAUGUUCGCAUACAAUGCCAUCGGCCGCAUAGUGAGCCAAGCCCGAGCUUCGGUCAUGUCUGAUCACGACGGCAGCUGCAAGCGCCAAUGCAUCCUCUUUGCCGGCGACCAGCAAUGGAUCUCUGAGUGCAACUGGCACAUCAUUCAAAGACUCCAGGGCUGUUCUGUAGAAGUCGUCCAGAUCAACCUGGACAAGUACUGGGAGGAGGCUGCCGUUCUCGAGGAAGAAAACGAGAAGGGUGGCGUGACGGUCGCCGGCCCGGCGCUCACGCAGGUGGUGGACGAGCUCCGCAGCCAAGUCGGUCUACCGAAGAUUGGCGACGAGCGUGACAGGCAGCUCAUGGUCACAGCCCGCGCUGGCCUCGAGACCUGGGUGCAGAAGAAGUUCAAGCAAGAUUUGCGGUUGAGGGAGAAAUGCCUUCCUCCCGAAGCUACGCUCAAGGAGAAAAUCGACUGCUUACGAGAUGCUUGCCCGGAACUGUCGCGGGUCGUGAGUAUGGCGCACUUCCUGCGAAUGAUUGGCAACAACAGUGCUCACACAGGUGGUGCGGCGAUUCCACCACGCUACCAGCUCGUGCAGCUUGUCCAGAAGCUCACGGCUGAGAUAAAGGAGUCAGAUGCUCAAACGAAAGCGCACGACGAAGCCGACAAGAAGUGGGAAGCUGCCGAGCCCUUCGCAGCGGUCCUUGCAAAGAUCGCUGGCGAGCCUGCGCCCGCACGUGCGCCGGCCAGUGCCCGCCUUCAGCUUCCUCAGUCCUUGAUCUUGCCCAAAGAUGGCCAGCACAAGGCUACGUUGGUGUAUCUGCAUCCUUUCGGUGCAGGCAACGUCCGCUAUUUGCAGGCCAAGAGCUUGUUUGCUUCGGAGGGGGUUCGGCUUGUGCUUCCGCUGGCGCCGAACACGCAGAUCACAGCAUACAACAAACGACCCUGCAUCAGCUGGUUUGAUUACUACAAUGGCAGCAAAGAGCUGGAGGCCGACCCUCUCAGCUUGGAGGACAUCCGAGUCCGCUUGUCGCUGACAUUGGAGCGAGAAGCAACACUUUUAGGUGACGAUGGGCACAAACGGCUCAUCGUGGGGGGCUUGGCACAGGGGGCCGAAGCGGCUCUGCAUGCAGUGCUGAUGCACCACCAGGUCUUGGCCGGUUAUGUUGGGGUUUGUGGCAAUCUCCUACCUUGCACCCUCCCAGAGGGCCCGGGAAAGGUGAAGCUCCACUUCUUCGACUACGGAGAAAGGGACCCGAAGGUCUGGGUGCACCAGACACGAGACCCGCUGCUGAAGCACCAUGAUCUCACCGAGCAUGGAGCCAUCUUUGACAACGGUGUGGAAGGACUGCCAAAGGACUUUCGCAAGGGCCACUUGCAAGGGGUUGACUUGUCCAAGAUCGACCACAAGCUGGAAGCACAAUGCCUGCAGAUCGCCUGCGAGGCCAUCCUCCGAGCUGAGGAGACGGAGACGGGUGAGACGGCUGAACAGCAACUAGCUGCCGAAGUUGGCGCUCCCGACGAGACGAUGGAGGAGAAGGGGGAGGCUGGGGAGGCUGAGCCAGAGAUUGAGCUCACGGAUGCAGAUUUGGGAAUUGAGCCGGAGCCGGAGGCUGAAGAAAAAGAUCCCUUGCUCCUCGAGCUCGGGGAGGUCAUCGAUGAGAACGCCCCGGAUCCGGUUUUAGAGGGCGAGGAUGACACUGGCCAGACAGCUGACGAGGUAGCCGGCGAUGGCACCGGGGAUGGAGGGGGUGAAGCAGAGAAGGGAGAGGGAGGAGGAGCAGAGAUAGAGCUCACGGAUGCAGAUCUGGGGAUUGAAGCACCUUUGUCGGAAGACGAGGUUGAAGCAGAGGUUGAAGAGGAGGAUGAAGAUUACGACCCCAUGAAGGAGCUGCCAGCCGCAGAGACGCUGGAGGGCGAGAACAUGGUGCUCACCGAUGCAGACCUGGGCAUUGAAGCACCCGAGGAAGAAGGGGAGAUGACUCUCACCCCAGCAGAUUUGGGGAUAGAAGCGCCCUUGCCGGAUGGGGAAGACGUGGUCAUCUUGAUGAAGGCCACUGCCAAGGUCAUGCCCUCUCGGAAGCGACCGCGGGAGGAGGAGAUCACAGUGAAGCAAGAGCUCCAGGAAGCAGAGGCCCCACCGGAUGAGGAAAUGCCAGAGAUGGCUCCGGAGGUCUCCGCCGAGCCCAAGGGAGACGCCGACGCGCCUGCACCUGACCAGUCGAUGGAGGCACCGGCCGAGGAGGCACCUGCCGAGCAGGCGCCAGCCGAGCAGGCGCCAGCCGAGGCAGCACCUGACGAGGUGCCUGUAGAGGCCGCGCCUGUGGGGGAAGCGCAAGACGCGCAAGAGCCCGAGAAGGCGCCAGAGGCGCCGAAUCAAGGGGAGUCCGACUGCCUCCUCGUGAGCGCUGCCCAGGCCACCCUGGGUCUCUUGGAGACGGGGUCCAUGGCCCCAAAGUCCUCGGAGUUCGCCUCAACAGCCGAGAGAGCUGAGAAGUUUGCCAAACGAGCGAUCGUUCUGGCGCGGGAGCAGAAGAGGACUGAUUUGAUGAUCUCGGCUCUCUGCACCGUCUCCCAAUCACAGUACCUCUCGGGAGAGAAGCAUGCGGCUCGCCAGGCAGCUGUGAGCGCCGGCAGCCUCGCUCGACGCAGUGGCGACCGCCUUGGGGAGGCAACGGCGUCCUUGCUUCUUGGCCACUC